GGGAAAAGAGUGAAGGCGGGGAGAGGGAGAAAGAGAAAGGAGAGACGUUAUCAACAACGCAAAACCGGAGCAGAACAGAAACUGCGGCGAAUCGGCGGCAGUGACUGGAGUGCUUUCCCGGCAAUCUGAAUUCUUCUCGCGGGGGGCGCACACUAGAAGAGAAGUAAUGAUAGGUUCUAGGUUCACUUCCUUCCAGCUCCAAGUUCCAUCCUUCUUCCUCCCUUCCCUUCCGUUCCCUUCUUCGUCUCGCCGGAGGUCUCGGUCUCGGUCUCGUCGAUGGACGUUUCAAACUUCGCGGACGGAAGUUCUGAGUUGCGAUUGCAGCGCCGGAAUGAGUCAACAAUUGAGUGAAGAAAAGCAACAUCAGCGGCAGAAGCAAGCGCCCAAUCGAGCUUACCCUUUCCAUGAAAUUGAGCCCAAAUGGCAGCUCUACUGGGAAGAGAAUUCCACGUUCCGGACCCCCGAUGAAGUGGAUACCUCCAUGCCCAAGUUUUAUGUGCUCGACAUGUUCCCUUAUCCCAGUGGAGCAGGUUUACAUGUUGGCCAUCCACUCGGUUAUACUGCUACAGACAUUCUUGCUAGGUACAAGAGAAUGCAGGGUUAUAACGUUUUGCACCCAAUGGGUUGGGAUGCAUUUGGUUUGCCUGCUGAGCAGUAUGCCAUUGAUACAGGGACACAUCCCAAACUCACAACGUUAAAGAACAUCGACCGAUUUCGUUCGCAGCUCAAAUCCUUGGGAUUUUCCUAUGACUGGGACCGGGAAAUUUCUACCACGGAACCUGAUUAUUAUAAAUGGACACAAUGGAUUUUUCUUCAGCUCCUGAAAAGAGGACUGGCAUACCAGGCAGAAGUGCCUGUCAAUUGGUGCCCUGCUCUUGGAACAGUUUUGGCAAAUGAGGAGGUGGUGGAUGGAGUUAGUGAACGUGGGGGUCAUCCGGUUAUAAGAAAGCCAAUGAGGCAAUGGAUGCUCAAGAUUACUGCCUAUGCUGAUCGCCUUCUCCGAGACCUAGACGAACUUGACUGGCCUGAAAGCAUAAAAGAGAUGCAAAGAAACUGGAUUGGGAGAUCUGAAGGGGCUGAACUGGAAUUUUGUGUUCUUGAUGAAGAUGCCAAUGAAAGAGAUGUAAAAAUCACUGUCUAUACCACGAGGCCUGAUACCAUUUUCGGAGUGACAUAUUUGGUUGUGGCACCAGAACAUUCCCUGCUUUCUACAAUAGUUUCUGUUGGCCAAAGCAAAAUGACUGGUCACCAAUCACAGGUGGAGGAAUAUACAGACCUUGCUUCUAGGAAAAGUGACCUGGAGAGGACUGAGCUCCAGAAGGAAAAAACUGGGGUUUUCAGUGGUUGUUAUGCUAGAAAUCCAGCUAAUGGGGAAGCAAUCCCAAUCUGGGUUGCCGAUUAUGUUUUGGGGAGUUAUGGAACAGGAGCAAUCAUGGCUGUGCCUGCACAUGACACUCGUGACCAUGAAUUUGCUGCCAAAUACAGCAUAUCAGUGUGCAUGGUUGUAAAGCCAGAUGGUGAACAUUGUGUAGAUUCAAGUAAGGCUUUUGCAGGCGAAGGCACUGCUGUGAACUCAGCAAAUUCGACGUCUGGUCUUGACAUCAAUGGCUUACCUAGCAAAGCAGCAGCUGCCAAAGUCAUUGAAUGGGCUGAGAAAUAUGGAAGUGGGACGAGAAAGGUGAACUACAAGUUGAGGGAUUGGCUUUUUGCAAGGCAGCGUUAUUGGGGGGAACCUAUUCCAGUUGUUUUCUUGGAAGAUACUGGUGAAAGCAUCCCCCUUCCAGAAAGUGACCUUCCUCUUACGCUACCAGAAUUGGAUGAUUUUACUCCCACCGGGACUGGAGAGCCACCCCUAACAAAAGCUGUUUCUUGGGUUAACACUGUUGAUCCUUUAUCCGGAAAAGCUGCCAGAAGAGAAACAAGUACCAUGCCGCAGUGGGCAGGUUCUUGCUGGUACUAUUUGAGAUACAUGGACCCAAGAAACUCCAAAGAAUUAGUUGACAAGAGGAAAGAAAUUUAUUGGAGCCCUGUUGAUGUCUAUGUUGGUGGUGCUGAACAUGCUGUUCUCCACUUACUUUAUUCAAGAUUCUGGCACAAGGUCUGCAUCUAAACUCACACAUGCAUGAGGCUAAGAAGAGUUAGUUAAUUUAGGAUGAUUAUGUCUCAUGAAUACAUAUAUUUAUAAGUACUCUAUACUCCCAUUCUGAAAUAUAGUAAAAUAAAACGUAAACAUAUGUACAUUAACCCAAACAUCUAGGCAGUUUAAGCUCUAUGAAUGAAACCCUUUUCUGUUAUAUUUCAGGUCCUUUACGACAUUGGUAUUGUAUCAACCAAAGAGCCCUUCAAGUGCGUGAUAAACCAGGGAAUCAUCCUUGGGGAAGUUCAAUAUACAGCUUUCAAAGACCAAGAUGGCAACUAUGUGUCCGCGGACUCAGUUGAUGCAUCUGAUGAACUUUAUCAGGAAGUAAUCCCUGAGGAAAAGGUGAAGAAAUCUGGAGAUGGGUUUGUCCUGGAUGAUAAUCCUGGAGUCCAGGUGUUGGCACGAGCACACAAGAUGAGCAAAAGCAGGGGCAACGUUGUGAACCCUGACGAUGUUGUUGGGGAGUACGGUGCUGAUGCUUUGAGAUUAUAUGAAAUGUUCAUGGGGCCUUUCAGGGACACAAAAACAUGGAAUACCAGUGGCAUCGAAGGCGUGUAUCGUUUCUUGGGGAGAACUUGGAGGUUGAUUGUUGGCUCGCCUCUAGCCGAUGGCAGUUUCCAAGAUGGGAGCUUGACGGUUGAUGUCGAACCUAGCUUUGAGCAGCUCCGUUCUCUGCAUAGAUGCAUAGCCAAGGUAACCGAGGAAAUUGAAGCCACGCGAUUCAAUACUGGGAUUUCUGCAAUGAUGGAGUUCGUAAAUGCGGCCAACAAGUGGGACAACCUCCCAAGAAGCAUAGCCGAAGCAUUCGUGCUCGUCUUGGCACCAUAUGCGCCCCACAUAGCCGAGGAGCUUUGGUUUCGUCUGGGGCAUUCCAGCACACUAGCUUACGAACCAUUCCCAGAGGCGAGGACGGAGUACCUGAAGGAUGCAAAGAAAGUCCUUCCAGUUCAGGUGAACGGAAAGACGAGAGGAACCGUGGAGGUAGACGAAGGUUGCUCGGAGGAGGAAGCUUUCAUGCUUGCAUCCCAGGACAGCAAGCUUUCGAGGUUCCUUGAGGGGAAACCGAUCAUCAAGACGAUAUACGUUCCAGGAAAGAUACUGAACGUGAUCUUGGGCGGGAAGGGGCCCAAGCCCAAGUCCAAUCCUAAGCCCAAUCCUGAUGCUUCACGGACUACUGUCCGAUGACGAAACCUUGAACUUGAUGCCUCUUUGUGUACUAUUUAUGUAUUAUGUUAGUCGAUCUGUUUAACAUUGGGGUUGUUAUUUAUCGUCCUAAUUUUACCAAAUUCGUUAUAAAACGAACCUUCUUGUCCUUCCAUUUUUUUUAUGUAGUUAUCUUUUUUUCUGGUUCAGCUAGUAUUAAUGGGCCUGGUCGGCGGGCUGUCGGAUCUGGGCUGGGCUGGCCGGAUCCAUCAACGAAGUCGGCGGGUUGGCUUGACCCGACUGGCGAGGAGCGUACACGUGCACGCGCCUACCGACCAUGUUUAAUUCUGUUGAUUGUUCAUUCAUCUAUCUAUUUCAAUUCUUUAUGAAAAAGAAAAUGAUGCGUAACGAUUUUCCUUUUUCGUAGACGGCGGGAAAGUGAUGAAGAAGAUUUUACUGCGGGUUGUCUGCCUGAUAGCGUGGGCAUGUGAGCUGUGUGCUGCUCUGCUAGCUGGACACCUUGAACCAGACGUCACUCUCUUUCUCUCUCUAUCUGCUGGUUCGCCAUUUUUGUUUUUGCUAUCUGUUCGUCUUCUUCUUCCCUUGUGUUCCUUCUCAAUUUCCCCGUUGUUUUCAUUCCUCAGAUUCACAGAUUUUGUCUUUUCUCACUGUUUGUCCCCACCCGCAAAUUAUUGCGGUGGGAGAGAAAGAAUCAGUCAAUCCGCCGCUCGUUGAUUGAUGUCGCUCCCUCCUCUCGGCGGCGGCGGAAGACUAAGAAUCAUGACCAGGAAAAUCUUCCAAGCUCAAGCGGUCCCUCCCCACCGCCGCUUUUCCAUGUGCUGGAAGCUCCCCGUCCUCCUCUCCCUCUGCCUCUCUCUUCUCACCAUCUUCAACCUCCACUUGUACUACUCUUCCUCCGCCGCCGACACCGUCAGAAUCUCCGCCGCCAGGAGGAGGAUGUCUCCCUUCCCUCUCAGCUUCCGAGGACCGCCGAAGAUUGCUUUCCUCUUCCUCGUCCGCCGUGAUGUCCCCCUCGAUUUCCUCUGGGGAGCUUUCUUCGACGGUGCUGACGUGGCUAAAUUCUCCGUCUUCGUGCACAGUUCCACCCCUGGGUUCCAAUUCGACGAAUCCACCUCCAAAUCCCGUCACUUAUACGGUCGGCAGCUCAACGCUUCUAUUCAGGUGGCAUGGGGAGAAUCGAGUAUGCUUGAGGCAGAGAAGUUGCUACUUUCAGCUGCAUUGGAUGAUCCUGCUAAUCAACGUUUUGUUCUCCUCUCCGACAGUUGUGUGCCUUUGUAUAACUUCAGUUACAUAUACAACUACUUGAUGGCUUCCCCCAGGAGUUUCGUGGACAGGUAGAUGGAAGGCCUUUGAUUCUUGAGUUUCCUUGACACAAAGGAAGGCCGCUACAACCAGAAGAUGUCACCUGUUAUACCCAUGGAGAAAUGGCGAAAAGGAUCCCAGUGGAUAACCUUGAUCCGGAGUCAUGCCGAAGUGGUCGUAGAUGAUGAUUUUGUACUGGCAGCUUUUAAGAAGUACUGCAAGCGACGCCCACCAGUAGAUGUCAGUAAGGGAAAGCUUAAUUGGAAACUUCAGCAGCAGCAUAAUUGCAUUCCAGAUGAGCAUUAUGUUCAGACACUUCUUGCGAUGAAGGACCUGGAACAAGAACUUGAAAGAAGAACAGUGACGUACACAGAGUGGAAUCAGCCAGCAAACAAGAUGGAGAACACUGGUUGGCAUCCUACUACUUUCACUUAUGCUAGUGCUGGCCCGAAAAAGAUCAAAGCGAUCAAGGAGAUAAAUCAUGUUUAUUACGAGACGGAGUAUCGGAACGAGUGGUGCCACACCAAUGCCACACUGGUCCCCUGCUUUCUGUUCGGGAGAAAGUUUUCCAGGGGAGCAGCAAUGCGGAUUUUGAGCGAGGGUGUGGUGGGUCCCUUCGAUGCCUCUGCACUUCUGUUGUCGACCAUGACACAUCCUUAAAGGAUAUGAAAUCGAGGGCAAGACGAGCUUUUCUUUCUUUUCCGCUGGAUCCCCUUGCUUACUAGUGCAGCAUUUCAUGCAUCGGACCAUGUCAGUGCUGCAGCUGCUGGGAGAAUGUGCACAGGAAAGAGAGAUGGCUGUUAACUGGUAGUAACUGACUCAUGACGUGAAAGCUGAAACCGAGGUACGGAUUGGAUUAGGGACCAAUGAGAGAGUAUGUAUAGAAGGCUAUAGAUAGAGAAUUGUAAGAGAGAUGGUUUCGGACUAAACAUGCGAGGCUAGGUGACCAUUAUUUCUGCGCUGCUGCGGAGGUCCAAAACGGAGGGAAGAUGAAGGCAGUUUUGGGAGAGGGAGAGAUCAUUGUGCUCAGCUUAGACCAGACCAGAGAGUAACCAACUCAAGUCUCCUGAGUUCCAUUUUAUUAAGCUCACUGACUUGUGUUUCAUGUUCAGCUCAGCAGUAGCAUUAGCCUUCUGUAAAACCGAAAAGAACUAGCCUAUUCGCUUGUUGCAUAAUGAUGUGGGAUGGUCUCAGAAUACUAGUGCUCUUUUUCUGCUUGCUCCGUUUCAUUUUCAGGCUGUUUUCCGGCGAGAAAACUUGCGUUGAAAUGAGAUUAAUG